UAUCGUGGUUUCAUCCGCAAAUAGCUUUCCGACUGUACGAAAAUGCCUCCCAAAGCGAGCGGCAAAGCCGUGAAGAAGGCCGGCAAGGCCCAAAAAAAUAUUAGCAAGACCGACAAGAAAAAAAAGAGGAAGAGGAAGGAAAGUUACGCCAUUUACAUCUACAAGGUACUGAAGCAAGUACACCCGGACACGGGAAUUUCCAGCAAAGCCAUGAGCAUCAUGAACAGCUUUGUGAACGAUGUAUUCGAGAGAAUCGCGGCUGAAGCAUCGAGAUUGGCGCAUUACAACAAGCGCUCGACGAUCACCUCCCGGGAGAUACAAACGGCCGUGAGGCUCCUGUUGCCGGGCGAAUUGGCGAAACACGCGGUCAGCGAAGGCACCAAGGCAGUAACGAAGUACACCAGUUCCAAGUAAAUUGGAAUUUGGCUAUGAUAUGACCGGCCCUUUUCAG